GGUAGUUAGAGCUUAUACGGGCACUUUGUCACAUCCAAACACCACGUGCAGCUACUGGUUUGCGCCACACACGGUAUCUAUUGUUUACGCAGAGCCAUUACAUCAACAUCAACAUAUAAUACCGUGGUGAGCAGACAGCAGUUAGUAGAAGCGUAAGGGGAAAUGCUCCACUUGUUGCCGGUGGAGAUUGUUGAGCAGAUCCUUUUCUAUGUGGAUGUACCGGAUUUGGAUAACUUGUUAUCAAUCCCAACGUUCAAGGACGCAUUAUCUGACAAGAUAGGGCUCAUCAUUUGUGAAGAGAGCCUGAAGCAGUUGUAUCCACACAUAGAACAGAGAUACCAAAUCACUGACCAUGCAAAUGGUAUAAAUGGUAUGGAAAGGUGUCUCUGUGUUGUUGUGCUCGGAGAGUUGUCUAGUGAAUCACUCAGGGACGAGCUUGUCAAGAACCACAUUCCGAAGAAGUUUUGCUUCCCUAAUAUGGACCGAAGUGAAACCAUAACAGAAACCACAUUGUCCUUCUUGCAGAACGAAAGGCACUGUAUAAAGGAUACUGCCUUCUUCCAGUACGCCACUGAAGAUUACCAGAGUAGCUGUACACUGAAAUUUGAAGACUAUUGGAAUCCUUUGAUCCACAGGUGCUCUCAGCUGAGAUCUUUAAUUUUACAAGAUGUUGGCUUCUUUCCUGAAGCACUUGAUCUGCCAUGUCUUGAAAAGUUGAAUCUCAUCGGAUGUUCAAGCUUAGAUACAUCAACUAGAUGGGAUCUACCGAAGCUCACAACGCUGGUUGUUGAAGAAACUUUCGAUUCAAUCAAUUCUUCGAUAGACUACGAGACCAUUAUGAUUACAACGCUCAGAUUGCAUUUAAUACGAGAUGACAUACACUGGUUUGGAUUUAAUAAUGACUCCAUUAAUUCUCUUUCGGUUACACUUGAGGGAUCAGCCUCACUUAAAAUUGAGGAUACAUCAUUUCUUUCUCUAAAGAGAGCAUUUCUGAGCUCUGGUGGUGCUUUAACUCUACACCGAGUAAGUCUAUCAUCGUUGACUAAUGUUGAGAUCAAACUUUCGGAAUGCAUAAGUAUAUCAGGAUUGGAUGCUCCCAGUUGCAGAGCCUUGAGCGUGUCUUCAUCUGCGUCCUCUAAGAGAGAUCAUUUCUGUUUUAUAGAUGCUCCAAAGUUAUCAAAUAUGCGUUUGAGUGGGUGUCAUUUCAGCUUAAUCAUGGGAAACAACUUUCCAUCUUUAAAAGAAGUGUAUCUUUGUUCUGUGAUGGGCCCAAAUGAUGAGAGAUGCUAUGACUUCCUUCAAGGAGUAGCAGGUCUUAAGAUGAUGUCUUCUGAUCCCUGGUGGAAGUACACCCCCAAUAUUGAAUAUUUGAAUAUCUCUGACAAUAAGUCAUCAAACCUUGAAGAUCUAAGGGAAUUCCAGCUCCCUAAGCUCAAAGAUUAUUGCAUAACUUACAUUCGUGAUGCAUCGUUUAGUCCAUUAGAGCUAACAUGCGGAUCACCGUUGCCGAAUUCACCAAGACUUGAAACCAUUUCUAUCAUGAAUUUUGCGACCCAUCCAAGCGAUAUCAGAGAUAUUCAAAGGAAAUAUUCGUCAUCUUUGUUGAUAAUAUCAGUCAUCGAACAACCAUUGUUAAAAACUGACUAUAUUACCGGGUACACAUUCGACUUGAAAGAAGUCUCUUUUCCAGUUUUGGAGUCGCUUUCGAUGGAGAUGGGGUAUCCCGUAACUUACAACUUCAUGAACGCUAACUUCCCAAAGCUCAACUAUCUACUUUUGACAUCGUCACUUCCUGGAGCCAAUAAUAGUCAUUCUGAUCUUGGUGAGUUCCAUCUCGAUCUCAAAGCACCUGAGCUCUGUUUACUAUCUCUUGAAGAUACAAGUGUGGGGCCUAAUCCGUGCAUACAUGAGCUUCCUAAGUUAAAAUCACUGAGAAUAUUGAAUCCUCCCGAUUUGAAUGUACAGAGCUUGACCGUUGUGAGAUGUCCACAGCUGGAGGCUUUCUUAUUGGAGAAGGAGACACCAAAUCAAGAUGGCUCGAUUUUAUUGAUACGUCACGAUGGAAGUCUGGACAAAGUAGUGGAUCUCAACACCAACUACAAGUACAAAAGGCUGGAAACUAUGGUUUAGUACUGAAGAUAUAAUCCCUUCAAAUCCUUGUCGAGGUUGUAUGCUCGUACACUGUAAUGCUAUUAUUUAUCA